AUGGCAGCUGCGGUGGUCCCAUUCUUGCCUACGCUGGCGGAGGAGAAGACGCUGAGGGCCAGCUUCAUUCGCGACGAGGACGAGCGCCCAAAGGUGCCCUACAACCAGUUCAGCAGUGACAUUCCCGUCAUCUCCCUCGCCAGCAUCGACGAGAAGGAGGAUAAGGGCACCGGCUCCCCCAAGAGGAGGGAUCUGUGCCGAAAGAUAGUGGAGGCGUGUGAGGAGUGGGGCAUCUUCCAGGUGGUGGACCAUGGCGUCGAUUCCGGCCUGAUCGCCGACAUGACGAGGCUAUCCAAGGAGUUCUUCGCCCUCCCUCCCCAGGAGAAGCUUCGAUUCGACAUGUCCGGCGGGAAGAAGGGCGGGUUCAUCGUCUCCAGCCACCUCCAGGUAAGAAGUGAAGCUACGGGGUUUCUGUUUUCCUCCAGCGCCGGCGGAAAGUGAACGCUCCUCUCAGGAUGGUUCUUUCAAUACGCAGGGGGAGGCGGUGCAGGACUGGAGGGAGAUUGUCACCUACUUCUCGUACCCCGUACGAGUUCGGGACUACUCGCGGUGGCCCGACAAGCCGGAGGGAUGGCCGGGGGUGGUUGAGGCGUACAGCGAGCAGCUGAUGGGGCUCGCCUGCAAGCUGCUGGGGGUCCUGUCGGAGGCCAUGGGACUGGAAACGGAAGCCCUGACCAAGGCAUGCGUCGACAUGGACCAGAAGGUGGUGGUGAACUACUACCCCAAGUGCCCUCAACCGGACCUCACUCUGGGCCUCAAGCGCCACACGGACCCCGGCACUAUCACCCUUCUCCUCCAGGACCAGGUCGGCGGGCUCCAGGCAACCAAGGACGGUGGAAAGACCUGGAUCACUGUCCAGCCAGUCGAGGGCGCCUUCGUUGUCAACCUCGGCGACCACGGCCACGUGAGUAUACGACGAACCUACCUCAGGCAAAUUCUCAUGAUCACUAAGAGGUUUAACUAAGAUUGCUUAGUCUUUCUAUAUAGUUAACCAAUGUGCAAAGGCUGUCCGUAAGUUAUCUUAGUUUAUUGACUUUAAAAAAAAUAAAAUUAGCUCCAAUUUGAAGUUACAUUUUCAAAUCAAAUUAAAAUUUAUUUGUGGUCAAUAUUUUAUCAGAUUUUGUUCUAUGUUUUCACAUCAUAAUUCUGAACCUUUAUUAUCAGAUAAUCAAAUUUAUUUUGAAUCCAUCAGAAUUUCAAUACAGUUACUUUUUGCUAAUGUGGACCCUACCCUGUUUGUUUGCUUUUGAGGUCAGGCUCUUGAAUGAAUAUUUAAAAAUAUUAGUCUCGAAUUUAGAUAUAUCUGUUUUUUCGAAACAAUUUCGAACACUAAUUGUGACUUUUUAGUGUUCAUCUACCAAACUACAUGUAGAUUAAAAACCCGGAAAUUAUAACAUUGGUUUCAUCGGCGUUAACACUUAACAAGGCAACCGUUCGAUUGAUAAUCCGCUGGCAUCUGUGGAUGAGCAGUUCCUGAGCAACGGGCGUUUCAAGAACGCGGACCAUCAGGCGGUGGUGAACUCCAACUGCAGUCGUCUGUCCAUCGCGACGUUCCAAAACCCGGCUCCGGAGGCCAUCGUGUACCCCCUGGCCAUCAGGGAGGGAGAGAAAGCCGUGCUGGACAAGCCCAUCACAUUCGCCGAGAUGUACCGGAUGAAGAUGAGCCGGGACCUGGAACUCGCAAAGCUUAAGAAGGAGGUCAAGGAGGGGAAGCAGGAUGCCCUUAUCGUAGCCAAGGAUACGAUCGAGAAGAAGGACAUCGUCGAAAUCCUUGCUUAA